CCUCAUUCACGACGACCGAGGCGGGCGAGCGAUCCUUUCAGACUCCCAUUCUCUGACGAGUCAGCGGCUAUGUCCCACCAUCUAUACUUGCUAUCGCCGUCCGAUACCCCACUCUAUAGCUUGACUCACUACUCUUCGAAGCCAGCCCAAACGACUACCACCUCGCCCCUGGCAUCAAACUUACCGAGCUGGUCAACAUCUGCAUUUGCUGGUACCUUGACUGCUCUGUCUGGUGCGACAAGCGCAACACAGGCGCAUCAUGUGCAAGGCGGGACUGUCAGGAUUGGUGGUGGCCAGGACAGGCAUGUCAUACAGAUGAUCGCCAACGCGAGUCUAGAUGUAGUUGAGGAGGUAGUACGGAAAGACAAUAUGAUGUAUCUGAAAUCCGUGGACAAGUUCAACGAAUGGACAGUGUCCGCGUUUGUCACCCCAGGGAACAUGAAGUUCGUGUUGCUACACGAAGCCCGCAACGACGACGGAAUCAAGUCGUUCUUCCACGAGGUCUGGGAGUUGUACGUGAAAACAAUGCUCAAUCCCUUCCACACCGCCCACACACCGAUUCGGAGCCCGGUGUUCGAUGCGAGAGUGAGAGCCAGUGCGAAGAAGUACUUGUAAUCCUAGGAGGCCGCCUGGCCAUGAGUUGGGAGUCCCUGCCGUACAGACCGCUGGGUGUCGGCCUGUGUCAGCCACCAUCCGAGGUCAAGUGGCCUGCCGGCGCCUGUACUGUCCUUGUUCUUUUGUUCUGGCUGGCGGCGAGGCCACCUUGUGCCAGCGUACGAGGAUGUGUGCCAGUGUAUUUGUAGCAGCAGCGGGCAAUGCAAUGCAGUGCAGAGACAAUACGCGUUGGACGGGGAGGGAUGGCGCGUCUG